CAAAUAGUGUUGUUUUUGGUAUUUUAAAUACCUUUAGGAAUUUGUACUUUGUUGUUUUCAUGUUUUCCCCUCGAAAAUGGCCACGAAGCUAAAUGUAAAUAUCCGGACCCUUUUGAUUAACUGCGAGGGUCUCGCGGAAAACGAGCAAAACUUCUGGAGGCUACAGAAGUUCCUUAAGUCCCUGGACACAAUGAUCGCCGACCUGGAGGCCAUGGACGAUCCGCAGAGUGCUACACGUAUACCGGGCUAUAGGGAGCGUCUAAAGGCCCUGAAAAUAUCCACGGGCUUUACAGAAACCGCCAGCUCCACAUCAAAUACUCCUUUACAAUCCGCAUCUUGCAGCGAAACUGGGGAGAAUGCACUGAAAGAAAUGAGGCAGCUGCAAAACACCAAACAUCACAACGAACUUCGAAAGCAGCUACUGCAGGAUGGUGAUGCCGUGCGAAGGCGUCGAGGAGUGGAUGAGUCCUCUUCCAGCCCCUCUGGUUCUGGAACCGUACAAGGAACUUCUAGCGAAAAUAUGAAUGAGGCUGCCAAGUAUUAUACGAAUGCUCAGGAGAAGAUCACGGAACACAUGCUAUCGCUGACUCGGAAUCUAAAGGAACAAACGCAGACUGCCAAUAAAAUUAUACGCCGGGAUACGGAGGUCGUAUCCCGUUCCACCGGAAUGGCUGAUCGCAAUCUUAAUUCCCUAGCAAAAGAGGCUGAUAAACUGGAGCAACAUUCGAAAAAAGCCUACAAGUGCUGGCUCUGGCUUAUGAUUGUCUUUGUAAUUGUCACGUUUAUAGGCAUGGUGUUAUUCAUGAAGAUAAUGAAAAAGAAGAAGACUUAGGAACUAUCUGCAAGCUGAACUGCAAAUCAAACUAAAAGAUUGUACUCUAGACAAGAUUUAAACGAUCGUUCCGCUCCCGAGUUCAAAAGGUUAUCCCCACAGCUCCCCAAAUCGUGUAAACAGAACCACAUUAAACGAUCGAAAGCCGCCCAGCGA